AUGGUGGGCAGUGCGAAUAAAGCGGCGAUAUCGCGUCUGGUGUUUUGGAUAUGACGCCUAGUAAGAUUCAAUAGCGAGAAUAUUGCGAGGAAUCGGGAGCCGCACUCCAACGUCGUUACGCUCGUCCUGCUGUCACGCGACAUCGUAACAUGGGUCUCUGCAAGUGUCCAAAAAGAAGAGUAACGAAUCAAUUUUGUUUUGAACACCGUGUCAAUGUAUGCGAGCACUGCAUGGUUACAAAUCAUCCAAAGUGUAUAGUACAGUCAUACCUGUUGUGGCUCCACGACCACGACUACAAUCCCGUCUGCACGUUGUGCUCCGACAAGCUGAGCGAUGGCGAUUGCGUGAGACUGACGUGUUACCACAUGUACCACUGGGUAUGCCUGGACCAAUAUGCCAGGGAUCUGCCUAUCACUACGGCACCAGCGGGCUAUACUUGCCCUGCGUGUCGAAUGUGUAUAUUCCCACAGCCCAAGUUGGUGUCACCGGUCGCGGAUGUGCUGAGGGAAAAAUUGGCGACUGUGAACUGGGCCCGGGCCGGCCUUGGCUUACCAUUGCUGAGCGACGACAGAGAACAAAAACCAGAGCAGGAACGUCCUUCGUUAGCAGUGGAAAGUGCUCUGUUUCAAAACCAUACAGUGGCUGCAUCGUCGUCACCCACAGUGGCUGUGUCUCGCACCAGCACGACCAUCAACUCAAAUUCCGUCGUCAACACUGUGCACAUGAAUAGUCAGAAACUUGGCCCGCCGUACUCCGUCGUGAACAUUGACUCAUCUUUAGGAUUGUCCAGUCCAGCGUCGAGAAAGGUCUGCGAGGCCUACGACGACCCGAAGGACAUGUCUUUCGAUCAUGACGAGAACAAGUAUCAGCGGAAGUCCGCCAUAGAGUGGUUUUUGAGAUGGUGGAAGCUGAUCUCGAGGGCGCCGGUGCGGCGAAAAACUGCGGGGUCUCUGUACAAGCGAUACGCUGUGAUGGCAGUCAUCGGCAUAUUCUUCUUCGUUGGGAUCAUUCUGCUGUUUUCAUGGCUGGGAAGAAUGGCGACGGAUGGUGAUCCGAGCUUCGACGUGUUAGCGAACCCCAAUCUCAAGUUCGGCGAGAAGCCUGUAAUUUAAUAUAUCGUACACGACGAGCGGUAACGAUUGGCGAUCGUUAUCGCGGGACAAUCCUCGAAGCUGCAAGAUACGUGGGAACCGUGGAGACGUGCAACAUUGUGAGAUUGCGUGAGUGCAGUCGCGAUGCAAGUUUGUGCGGCAAUGAUAAGGACAUAUCUAAUGUAAGUUACAGUGUACGUAAUAUUUGUUAAUUUUUAUGUAAAUUAUAUCCUACAUCAAAGUUGUAUAUUUAAAUCUGUAAAGGCUUAUUGAUUCAUAAUCUGGAAAAACAUUGCAUCA